AAUAAAUAAAUAAAAGUGUAAUGUUUUGAUCGUAACAACGGUAAGAUUGAACCGUAAUUCCGGUGACAUCCGCCAUUCUGGCGUCGAAGGACGACGUUUUUUAGGGGAAAAGAAAAUCGCUAAAUUAACGUCUAAUCGAAUUGCAAUAAUCGUAAAAACUUAAUUUUUUCGAUUAUAAAACACAAUGGGAGUUAUUCGCGAUCUGAAUAAUAUUACAAAUCCAUUUGACACUUCUAUCGAAGAUGUUUUGGAGCAGAUUCUUGAUGAUGUAGAAGAAGAACAAGAAGUGAUUCGUAGAUCAAGAAAAAUUCGACAGCGACCACCAGUUCUUCCUCAGUCUACUGGAAGUUCUAAAGUUUUACGACACAAAAGUGGAAAAAAGUAUCGCCGUGCUGAAAAUGCAAGUUUCUUAAUGUCUUUGGCUGAGGGAGAUGAAACUAAAGAAGUCUCAAUUUAUGAUUUUGUUCCUGAAACUGUUUCUGCUUUCACUCAACUUUUGAUGGAACAAGAAAGUAUGGAGGCUUGGAAUAAUUUUAUAAACCAUACAGAUGAGGAACAGUGGCAAAUAUUAAAAGACAUUGAUCAAGGGGAAAAAGUGGACCUUCAAACUUCAUUGAAUAAAAAUGCAAGUGAAGUUAAAGAUUGUCGGACUGCCCAUCCUGCAUUUUCUGCAGAGGAAUGUUUUCUAAGAAUUGAUAGUGUUUUGAGAGCAACAUUAAAAAGAAAACAUGUGCCCUUGGGAACACUUGCCCAGCUGGAGGAUGAGAUAUCAAAAUUCUUCCAAAAUCAACCUCUUGCCGUUUACAAAUCUCAACUGCAAAGUAGUUAUGAACGCCUUAUGCUUCAUGCUUUAUGUCAAUAUAUGAAUCUUUACUCCAAAAGUUAUAAUGAAGGUGCUGUUCGAUGGACCAAAGUACAAAAUAGUCAUUGUUAUUUCCAUCCACCGGCAGUUAUGCUGUCAACUUAUCUAGAGAGAAAAAUUUCAAGACACGUCUCACAUGGUGUAUGACAUAUCAGGAACCAAAAGAUUGUUUUUUCUCUGUACUUUAAAUUGGACUUUGAUUUUCAAGGAUCAUCCAUUUGGUUUAGUAUUUUUUUUGUUUUACUCUAGAUUUUAAUAUUCCUUCAUUUAUUGUAUAUUGUGUAAAUUUUGUAGAUAUUAGUUAAUUAAAGUACAAAUUAUGUGAUAGUAUAUAAUUUUAAAAUCUAAAUUGUUGUUUUGUUUUAAAUUUUAAGUUUCUAAACAGUCAAUUAUGUAGAUGUACUCUGUCUUACUGUGAAAGAAUAAUACUGGUAUUUUAAUUUAAAUGUAAUCAUCACUGUAAAAUUAACGUAAAAAUAUAUGACGCACAAUGUGGAGUAUGUAAUAUUUAUAGUGUAUAAAUUUGUGAUUUAAGUUAUUGUAUACAUUUUGUAUCAAUAUUUCAAACUUUUAACAUUGUCAAGUAAACCUCAGAGUUAAUAAUUGACAUUGAAAUUUUUAUUGUACUGAAUUGAUUUUGCAAUAUUCUAGAAAAAUUAUAAACAUUAUUGUCAAAUGGAUAGUUAUGCUAACCUAUUUUCCAAUCAUUGCUAAAAAAAAAAAAAAAAAAAAUAAGUGUUGCAAU